AUGAAGCGCAAGCGUAGUGGUGGGAAACGCAAACCAAAAAUGACCCCAAUGGUGGGUGCAAAGGAGGGAUUUCUAAAUGCAGUCACGCUAAAUACUCAUGAUGUCUCUUUUCUGGAUGAUUAUGACAAUGCUGAAUUGUACUCAAGAAUGGAGACUGACGCACCACAGAAUGGCAGCAAUGAGAGCAGGCAGCAAACAGGUUUACAAAAAUUAGUUGUAGUCGACCUAACAAUGCUAGAUAGUAUGAACUCAUUUCCUGAAAAGAAUAUUGUUGUUUCAGCUAAUCUGUCCAGGAAUGCUAGGAGCAAAAUGACUAAAUCGUCAGGGGGCCUUGUUGCUUCAAGUAUAAAGCCAAGUAGUAAUACAAGAAUUGAGACUGAUGCACCACAGAACGGCAACAGUGAGAGCAGGCAGCAUACAGCUAAUCUGUUAAAGAAUGCUAGGGGCAAAAUUACUAAGUCAUCAAGGGGCCUUGCUACUUCAAGUAUAAAGCCACGUAAUGAUACAGAAGUGGUGCAGGGUGGGAGGACAUACCAAAAGGAUCCAAAGUUACCUAAGUCGUCAAGGGGCUCUGCUGCUUCAAGUAUAAAGGCAAAUAGUGAAACAGAACUAGUGCAGGGUGGGAGGAGGACACAUCAAAAGGAUCCAAAAUCACCUCUUCAAGAUCCUCUCUACAAAGAGCAAGAAUUAAAAGCUGCACUUGCGGUGAUUAGGAAAGUUAUGAAAAUGGAUUCAGCUCGGCCCUUCAAUCUUCCAGUGGAUCCUAUCGCACUGGGAAUACAUGAUUAUUUUGAUGUCAUUGAUACACCUAUGGAUUUUGGUACAAUAUGUAAGAAUCUUGAAAAUGGUGUGAGGUACAAGAAUUCAAAGGAUGUCUUCGGGGAUGUGCAAUAUGUUUGGGAAAACUGUUCUAAGUACAAUGGUGAAGGUCAUCAUAUUUCGGAGCUUAUGAAGCGGGUGAAGAAAAACUUCACAAAAUAUUGGACAGAAGCUGGGUUAUAUGAAGAACAACCACAGGAGAUAAAUGGAUAUUCACAUGAAGCUCCAAUGGAGUCUACUAUGAGGUGCAGCACACAUGGGCACAGUAGCCUUGCAGGUUCUAUUAUUGACUACCCCAGACACCAGCAGCAGCAUCAGAUGGACCUGAGCCAACAUCAGCCCUAUCACUUUUCACGGAGUUACAUCAUGUCAUAUCAGCAGCAGAAAAUGCCUUGUCAGCACCAGUGCCAGUGCCAGCUGCGGUCUGGAGAGCAGCAGACUUCCCAUCCACAGGCUGGUAGAAAUGUUGGUAGUGCAGAGCUUGCAGGGGCUGCCCUUGCUUCCUCAGGCAUCAAAUGGGUGUUGCCUUGCUUCUAA